GUGGUCCAUCGUGGUGGCCGCGGGUCGUUUCGGCAGGACCUGGGAAGUUAGGAUCUCGUUUACUCUACGGAGACCGGACCUAGCCCUCCGGUCCCCGUCCCGUCGGCAAAAUGGUGAAGCCCAAGUACAAAGGACGGAGCACCAUCAACCCCUCCAAGGCCAGCACAAACCCUGAUCGAGUACAGGGAGCAGGAGGCCAAAACAUGAGGGACCGGGCCACCAUCCGGCGCCUGAAUAUGUACAGGCAGAAGGAACGCAGGAACAGUCGUGGCAAAGUGAUUAAGCCUCUGCAGUAUCAGUCAACCGUGGCUUCUGGUACAGUGGCAAGAGUGGAGCCAAAUAUUAAAUGGUUUGGAAACACGCGUGUGAUUAAGCAGUCGUCAUUGCAAAAAUUCCAAGAGGAAAUGGGCACGGUUCUGAAGGAUCCGUACAAAGUUGUCAUGAAGCAGAGCAAGUUACCCAUGUCUCUCCUCCAUGACCGGACCCAGCCUCACAACUCCAAGGUGCACAUUCUUGAUACUGAAAGCUUUGAGACUACAUUCGGCCCCAAGUCACAGAGGAAGCGACCAAACUUAUUUGCGAGUGACAUGCAGUCUCUCCUAGAAAACGCGGAAAUGUCCACCGAAGGCUACGACCAGGGCAAGGAUCGUGACCUGGUCACUGAGGACCCUGGUGUGAGAAACGAAGCCCAAGAAGAGAUCUAUAAGAAGGGACAGUCCAAAAGAAUAUGGGGUGAGCUCUACAAGGUGAUAGAUUCUUCAGAUGUUGUAGUUCAAGUUCUUGAUGCUAGAGAUCCGAUGGGUACCCGGUCCCCUCAUAUUGAGACUUACCUGAAGAAGGAGAAACCCUGGAAACACCUUAUUUUUGUUCUUAACAAAUGUGACCUCGUUCCAACCUGGGCAACAAAACGUUGGGUCGCGGUUCUGUCCCAGGAUUACCCGACACUUGCCUUCCACGCGAGUCUCACCAACCCCUUCGGCAAAGGAGCAUUCAUUCAGCUUCUCCGGCAGUUUGGAAAGUUGCACACUGACAAGAAGCAGAUCAGCGUCGGGUUCAUUGGCUACCCAAAUGUCGGCAAGAGCUCUGUGAUAAACACGCUGCGCUCCAAGAAAGUCUGCAGUGUGGCCCCCAUUGCAGGCGAAACGAAGGUCUGGCAGUACAUCACCUUGAUGCGUCGGAUAUUCCUCAUCGACUGUCCAGGGGUGGUGUACCCCUCCGAAGACUCAGAGACAGACAUCGUGCUAAAGGGAGUGGUUCAAGUUGAAAAGAUUAAGACUCCCGAAGACCACAUUGGUGCUGUGCUUGAACGGGCCAAGCCAGAAUAUAUCUGCAAGACGUACAAGAUUGAUUCGUGGGAGAAUGCUGAGGACUUUCUUGAGAAGCUAGCUUUGCGGACCGGAAAAUUACUGAAGGGUGGAGAGCCAGACCUGCAGACUGUGGGUAAGAUGGUUCUCAACGACUGGCAGAGGGGCCGGAUCCCUUUCUUCGUCAAGCCACCCAACGCAGAGCCAUCUCCUGAAGCCUCCCAGCUCCCAUCCUCCUCGUCUUUGGAAGUCGCCAUGGAAACAAGCCAGAAGAACCCAGAAGAGGAGAUCACGGCAACUGUAGGUGAAGCGUCGGAGCCUGUCACCGAGAAGGAAGAAGGGCACAGUCCCUGUGGCGCUGACUCAGAAAUGCAGCAGAUCCUGGCACGAGUCCGGCAGAACUUCGGCAAGAUCAAUGUCGUGCCUCAGUUUUCCGGGGAUGACCUGGUCCCUGUGGAGAUGUCGGAUAUUGAUGAAGAGCCUGAGAGCUUUUCUGAAGAGGAGGAGGAGGAGCAGGAGCUACCAGGAGACGAAGAGGAGUCCUGCCCAGAGUCCCAGGAGGAACACACGGAGAGCGACACCAAGGCAGUUAUUAAAGCCUUGGAUGAGAAGAUCGCUAAAUACCAGAAAUUUUUAAACAAGGCCAAAGCUAAGAAGUUCUCAGCAGUCAGAAUAUCCAGGGGACUAAGCGAAAAAGUUUUUGCAAAAUCUGAAGAGCAAGGAGCAGCUGAAGAAGUUGUGGAAGAUACAGCACCUACCAAAAAGGGAAGGAAGAGGAAGGCACAGAGGGAAGAGGACCGUUCAGAUAAAAGUCGCAGGAUGCUUACGUCUAAGGAACGGAGGCGGGCAGCCCGGCAGCAGCAGUCUAGGAAAGUAGGUGUCCGCUACUAUGAAACCCACAACGUGAAGAAUAGGAACAGGAACAAAAAGAAGACCAGUGACUCAGAGGGACAGAAACACAGGCACAAAAAAUUCAAGCACAAGCAGUGACAUUUUAAAAGUUUAUUAAAUUAUAUAGAAACAGGCCAUUA